GGGGUUGCUGUGAUAUAUAAAAUGUGAAUGGUUGCCCGGCUGGUAGGUUGAUAUUUUGGUCUCCUAAGUAACAAGAGAAUUCAAGUUCACCUGUAGUUACAAAGACUUCAUAUCUACAAUUUAUAAAGUCAAGCCGUCAUAAUUCCUAAUUCAUCCUUUUCUCUCUAACUACCCAAACAAAAACAACAACAACAACCAACCAACCCCAUAAUCCAAAAUGGUUUCCAUCAAGUCCCUCCUCGCCACUGCCCUCGCAGCCCUCCCCCUCUCAUCCGCCUACAUCACCAACAUCGCGGCUCCCGCUUCGGCCAAAGCCGGCUCGACCGUCUCCGUGACGCUCACGGCAGCCAUCUACAUCCAGAACUGGGAUGACUUCGGCAUCGUAUGGGGUCUAGCGCCCGAGGCCUGGGACUGCGGCGACAUCGUCUGCGUCGGCCGGCGCGUCGCCUACACCUCUCUGUUCCCUGACAACCAGCCCCAGCCCGGCCAGUUCACCAUCGACGUCCCCAUCCCGGACUCCUUCACUGCUGGUGACUACAAGCUCGUUGCUGCGAUCCCGUAUCUCGUCGGCGCUUCUGGCAUGACCCAGAUCCAGAGCCACAGUGCCAACAUCACCAUCGAGGCCGCGUAAGGCAGGUAAUACCUAAGCUGCCUAGGAGUUGGGAGUUGGCGUAUCUUACCGUAUGCUUGGAAAGUUCUCGGAAAGCUAGAUGAUCAUGACGAUUCUGCGAGGAAUCAGCUACGAAUUUGCAUAGCAUGCACACGUACAUGCACAGGCGUUAAGUGUACAGAAACGAUUGUAAUUUUGGGACUGCAUUGCGUUUUAGCCAUAGCAUGAAUUUAUUAUUUUAAGUGCUGAUGCGAACACGU